CUUCGUUCGUUCGUUCAUUCGUUCCUUCGUUCGUUCGUUCGUUCUGUUUGCCAAGUUCGAUUUUGUUGUACGAUAUCACCAACUUGGCCAGAACCAAUGUCGCAUAGAGGCAAUCUAAGAAGCCAAAAAACAGACCUACAAAAACCCAACAAACAAUAUCCACAAAAACCAGAAAUCAAUCCAAGUCUAAACAUAAUCUAUCUAAAGUGUUUCUAAUCACGAAAAUUCUUCAUGUCAAAUUCUAUUUAAACCAAUUUAAAUCAAACACUAAAUACACACAAAACCCGAAACCAAACCAAAUCUAAUCGAAAUCUAAACCAAAUAAUUGCAAUCACAAUCGCAGCAGCCCCAGGCAAAGCCCUAAUUGACCACAAAGCAUAUGCGAUAGUGGCUACAGGUGUCUACGGCAUCGCCCUGUUUCAUGUUGUAAUUCGAGGACUUUCGUUUAUUGGAAACAAUAAUGGUCAGCACAGCAUUGACAACAUUGGCUGCUGGACAAACAACUAGUAGCAAUAAUCAUCAUCACCACAACCACCAUCAUCACCAGCCGCAGCAGCCGCAGCAGCAACAGCAGCAACAGCUGCCCUACCAGCGACUGCCGCCACACGCUACAGCUUCCACAGGAGCAGCAGGAUCAUUGGCAGCAAACGUUAAUCAGUCCCGCAGUUUCUAUGCGCUGAAUGGUCUAGAGCACGAUUGUGACGGCAACAGCAGCAGCAGCAGCAACUGCCCACAGCAGCAGCAGCAUCAGUCCUCUUCUCCGCUUAACGAUCAGAUCAGCCUGCUCUUCCCAAAGUGCCGACCCAAGCAGCAGCAGCAGCAUCAUCCACAGCACCAACAGCAGCAGCAGCGACAUGAGCUCCAUACCGAUGUGAAUCUGAAUAGGAGCAGCAGCCCCAUCGUUAGUGAAGCAGCCACUGCGGAUACGGAUAACGUUGCCGCUGUCAUACCCACCAGUACGCCCAGCUACUACAAGAGUGUGAACAUCAUAACACAAUCGCCGCCCCCGCACUCGGCCUCGUCACACUCAUCGGAGUCGUUGUCCUCUGUGACGCCGCGCAUAUCCACAAAUCCGUUCCUGUGCGCUCCACUAACGCCGCCCACACCGCCGUCACCGCCGCUGUUGCACAGCUUGGGGGAACAUCCAGUCGAGGGUGAGGGUAACGGAUCCGGGCUGGCUGCUGCGGGAGCGGGUGCCGAAGCUGACGAGGAAGUAGACGAGACCGUACUGGCGGCCGGCUAUCCGGCCUCAUUCUACUAUCACACGGGCGAGAGCAGGCGUGGCCAGAGCACCUAUUCCGUCUCCGAAAUGCCGCGCAAACGGAACACCGGUAUGACCACCAGCGCCAGUGCCAGUGCCAUCAGCAGCAGCAGCAGCAGGCAGCAGUCACUGCACAAUGGCGGCAGCAACGUGAACGGAACUGCCAGCAAUGGCAAUACCCAGAGUCUGGUGCAUAGCCAGAAUCCAUUCAUCAAGGAGAACUACUGGGAGGCAGCGCCCAUGCGUGCCAGUUCCCUGCUGAUCUCUCCCACGGAAUACGCGGAGGAGCAACAGCAGCAGCAACAUCAACAGCAGCAGCAUCUUCAAGCGUCCGCCCGGCGGGCAUACCAUCAACAGCGGGAGCAGAUGGCAACACAGCUGUAUGGCUUGGCUCAGCGCCAGGCAACGCAGCAGCCGCCAGCGCACAUCCUUCGGCUUGGACGGAGCCCGAUCAACCGUAGUUACACGGCACCCCAACAGCAGCAACAGGCACCUCAUCAACAAUCCGUGAAUAAAGCCUGUGCGGAUGGACUGACUCCACUGGCCAGUCACUAUCUGUAUGGGAGCAAGUCCUCGUUGGAUCAGCAUGGCGCCGGGGACUGGGAGCCGCGGGAGCAGCGAAAAUUGAGAAUGCGCGAGGAGCGGGAACGGGAUAGGGAUCCCCUGUUGCUGGAGCAGGAGGUGCAGGCGGCAAGAGAAAACCAUCUGACCCAUCUGGCGGGUCAGCAACAGCAGCAGCAGCAGCGUGGGCGACAUGGACACGGCGAGGAUAGGGAGCGUGAAAGGGAGCUCGAUCAUCGUCUGGUCAAUGGUAGCGUCACAGGCAAUGAGGUCAUGUACGGAUCGGCAGAUCCCGCCGAGAGUUGGCAGCAUCUGCGCGUUACGACCGAAGAAAAUGUGUCCGAGGAGAGCUGCAAGCAUCCCAGCAAGCUGGUUGGAAAGACACUGUCGACGUCGUCCCAGUCCCAGUCGCAGUCGCAGGUGCAGCUGCAAUUACAAUCCGGCCUAAGGAGCCUUGAGGAGGCAGCCACGUAUCGGGAGCAUAAGCUAGAUGCCUGGCAAUUAGAGCGCAAUUACACGCUGGCCGUGGAGUCGCGUCACGGCAUUAUAGAGUAUGAAGGCUCUCCACGUCGCAUUGGUGGCUGGGGUGCAGUGACUGCAGCAGCGGCAGCCUCGGCAGCGUCUGAAAGUGAACAACCACCAACAGCAACUGCAGCAGCAACAGCAGCAGCAACAGAAGCAACAGCACCGCAGCAACAGCAGCAGCAACAGCAGCAGCAACAAGCUCACACACAGCUUCCCAUGGCAGCUGUGCCACCGUUGAGCUCAACAGCCACCACGCUGCAAAAGACGGCGGCACGAGCAGCUCUGGUCGCACUGGCCCAGACCCAGAAUCACAUUCAGAACCACACGCAGGCGCCACAACCACCGCAACAAUUGCAGGCCUAUCCUGUGCGUCCGGGCUUUCCACAGCGCAUACUUUCGCCGCCGCAUCGUGAGCCUAGCAGCUGCUCACCGCAGACACCGCAGCAUGUGGCACCACAGCACCACACGAGUAUGAUGAGCAACCACAGCAAGUUGCAACAGCAGCCGGUGGGCAGCGACACCAAUGCGGAGGAUACCAGCAACGAUGUAUCCGAAAUUGGCACCAUGUCCGAUCUGACAACGCCGGAAGCGGUGGCACUGGCCAUGGCCAAUGAGGUAGCCAGCAGACCGGCCACAGCCACGCCACCAAUGCAAAAAGCAGCAGCUGCAGUAGCAGCACCUCCACCACUGACAGCGUGCUGCUCAACAGUAGGAGCUGGAACUGGAGUGGGACUCGGAGUUGGAGUUGGACCACUGAGCAUCCAUACAAAAUCAUCGACCUUUGAUUACCUCUAUGAGUUCUCCGAGACGCGCAAGGUGCUGGAGGAGUUCUUCAAGUGCCCCUCAACCGAAGAGCAGGCCAUAAUGGAGAACGGCAGCGAUGCGGACAGCAUUGACAUUCAGUACGAGUUCCACAGCAACUUUGAGCGCGACGAGGAGGAGCUCGCCGACGAGGACGAUGAGGACGAGGAUGGUGACGAUGAGGAGAAUGAUGAGGCAGAGGACGAGGACGAGCCCAUUGGGGAGCAGGACCAGGAGCAUGACGAGGAACAGGAAACCGACCAGGACAGGGACUAUCACCAACAGCAAGUCCCCUCCUCAGACCUGUCUAGAGACGCCGAGCGUCAUGUCUAUGGGGGAUACUCCCAGCCGCAGCAAAGUCAGCCAAUGCCCGUGGUUGUUGGACGUAGGCCACACUACAGCAGCGGCAGUCCUCUGAUGAGGGACUUUGACUUCUUUCUGGACUCGGCCAGCCGUAGCAGCGGCGAGCGGGAUGGCGAUCAGGAUGGCCUCAAUCACAACCAACUGCUGAGCACCGGAAGCGGCAGUGGACUCGGCCAGAGCGUCGGCGUGGGCGUAGGCCCAGCGAGUGGCCACAACUUUCGCUAUUCGCCGGAGACCACCGACUAUGACUCCAACUGCGGGGAUCUGGACAGUCUUUCUGGCGAGAUGAACGGUGGAGGCGUGUCGACCUCAUGCUCGAACUACGCCAAGUACUAUGCCUCCGCCAUGCCCGUGCUGGAGGAUGGUCUCUCCUCGGGCCACACUAGCGAUACCGAAAACAACAACAACAAGAAUCUGCAGCAGACCGGUGUCCAGGGAGGACCUCUGGGGGGUCAGGGUCAGUGCCCCAAUAGCUUGAGUGGCAGCACCAGCAUCGGUGGCAGUGGCGGCAUCUCCAUGCUGAUGGACAUGAAGCGGCUAUCCACUAACAACAGCCUCAACAGCAUGCACAACCUGACCAAUGCCUUGGACAGCAAUGGCGGUGGGCAGGGUCAGGGUCAGGGCCAUCUCGUCAACAGUCCCAGUCCCAGCAAUGGACACGCGAAACAGCCUCCGUCCAUGCCACAGCCGCGCGAGCUGCUCGGCCAGAGUCCCAGCCAGACGCAGAGCCUCAGUCAGAGUCUAGGCCAAAGCCACAGCCAGAACAAAGUGUUCAAGAACAUCGAUCCCGACCUGGACUCGCUCUAUUCGAUCAGUGUUUUCCAUCGUCCGGAUACGGUGCAAAUGACGCCACCGCCGCCGGCACCAGCGCCGCAUCGCAAACCCAAUAGCAGCAGCGCCGCAGAUGUUGAUCUGCUGCAGCCGAGCAGCAAGCACACGCCCCUGGCGGCUUCCAUUAGCUCGACGCUGCAGCUCAGCUCACCAACCACAACGUCGGGCAGUGGUAACGGCACGAUCAUUGGGUCAGUGCCAGGCCCGACUAAGACCAGAAGUGCGGGGAGCAAUGGCAACAGCAAUUGCAAUGGAAAUGGCUCUAACAGUAACGGAGUGUUGGCUGGCGUACCGCCACCAAUCCCAGAAAGAAGCAGCCUCAUGGCGGCACAGCAGCAGCAGCAGCGAUCACCGUCACCAGUGAUAAGCUCACCCGUGUGGUUGUCCCGGCAUCUGGAUGGUGGCGUGGGCAAGGGGCUGCUCGAGUCUGGCUCGGACAACCAUUCGAAGAACCACAGUGCGGACGAGGACGAUGUGGACACUGAUCUGGAGACGGACCGUCUGUUGGGACACCAGCGGCUGGACGAUCAGGGCUACUAUGACGAGAACAAGAGCUGGGACCGCAAGCCGCGCUCCUCGCUGCUCUCCAAAAUUUCACCCAAACAGCAGAUGCCCAGCACAAAGACGAGGAAUGGGUACAAUGCUCUGCUCAGCUCCACGCCGGAGUUGCUGCCGCCACCGCCCAUACCCCCAAAGAAUAACUCGGGCAGUGGUGGAAAGCUGCUAGAUCUUGUCGGAGGCAUGGUCCAGCGCAGCAUAUCACGCAGCUCGUCGGAGCAUAGCGAGAAGUCGCCCAGCAAGUUGCAGCCGCAACAGCUGUCCGGUCAGUCAACCUGUGGCGACCCUGUGGAUGUGGUGGCCUCAGCCGUGGUGGCUGCCACUGUGGCAGCAGCGGUGGCGACGGUACCCCCCAUGGAGAGUCCUGGCAAUGGCGGUGGCUCUGAGCAUUCCAUCAACGGUGGAGGCGGCGGCAUCAUCAAGCUGGAGGCAGAGGACUGCAGCCUCAACGGCGGCAUCACCAUUAGCGGCGCAGCAGUGACCGGAGUAGCAGGCGGCGGCAGUGUCGGCAGCGUCAAUCCGGGAGCAGUCGUCAGCACGGCAGUCAAUGCUGGCAGCAACAACAGCAGCGGCAGCGGCGCCGGCAGCAACAGCGGCUGCGGCAGCGGCAGUGGCGAAAAAAAAGUGAAAAAGAGCGGUGCAGUGCUUAUCGAGGGUGUCCUCUUCAGGGCCAAGUACUUAGGCUCCACGCAGCUGGUCUGCGAGGGUCAGCCCACAAAGUCGACGCGCAUGAUGCAGGCCGAGGAGGCCGUUUCCCGUAUCAAGGCGCUGGCACCCGAUGGCGAUGUUCAGCCCAGCACCGAAGUGGAUCUUUUUAUAUCAACGGAAAAGAUAAUGGUGCUGAACACGGACUUGAAGGAGAUCAUGAUGGAUCAUGCUCUGCGCACAAUCUCCUAUAUAGCGGACAUUGGGGAUCUGGUGGUUCUUAUGGCUCGACGGCGCUUUGUUCCGCAGGACAUCGACGAUGCACCCAAGCCGAAUCGUACGCCCAAGAUGAUCUGUCAUGUGUUUGAGAGCGACGAGGCGCAGUUCAUUGCCCAGUCCAUUGGGCAGGCCUUCCAGGUGGCCUACAUGGAGUUCCUCAAGGCCAACGGCAUCGAAGACCAUCGGUUCGUCAAGGAGAUGGACUAUCAGGAGGUGCUCAAUAGCCAGGAGAUCUUUGGCGACGAGCUCGAGAUCUUUGCCAAAAAGGAGCUGCAAAAGGAGGUCGUUGUACCCAAGGCCAAAGGCGAGAUACUCGGUGUGGUCAUUGUCGAGAGCGGUUGGGGCUCCAUGCUGCCCACCGUCGUCAUUGCCAAUCUGAUGAGCUCCGGUGCGGCUGCCCGCUGUGGCCAAUUGAAUAUCGGUGAUCAGCUUAUCGCCAUCAACGGACUGAGCCUUGUGGGUCUGCCGCUCUCCACCUGCCAGACGUACAUCAAGAACACCAAAAACCAGACCGUAGUCAAGUUCACAGUGGUGCCCUGCGCCCCCGUUGUUGAAGUGAAGAUCAAGAGGCCAGAGACCAAAUAUCAGCUGGGUUUCAGUGUUCAGAAUAAAUAA